CACAUGAAGGGGUGAGCUUCCGUAGACCGAAAGCGAACUCGGUUUGAUCCCGACGCGGACGAUAAGGGGACGAAUCCGGAGGUUCUGUUUGGAGAUGAUCGCUGAUUCGUACGCUUUGGCGUCACUCGCUUGGCCUGAGACGGGCGAUGGUGGUGGUCUCCGCUUCUUCGUUUCCCACGCCCCUACGCCAGUGUCUAUGGCAAACACGCGGAUUUGAUGUUGUCGGCUGACUGACCGCCUCGUCGGUAUUGCGAUCGAUGACCGAGGGCUCCGCCUGUCCCCCCCCUCUGCGAGCUCGUGUCUUUAGGGUGAUCACAUGCUUGCUAUGGUUGGUGCCAGGCUAACUGCUCUAUUAUUCUCUCUCCGUGACGGCGGUGGCGAAUCUGGCAGGUGAGGGGAAGCGACUGUUGCAGCAGCAUUGAAGGAAUAUAUUUAGUGCCGAGAAUCGGCUCUACAGAAAGGAAGUAUCCAGAGGCGAGUAACAGGUUCUGAUAGAGAGCAAAAAAGGAAGAAGACCCUUGUUGUCGAGAGGCAUGCCUCCUUUGUUCCUCACGGCGCUGGAACACAUUGAUUCUAGAUGAAGGGCUUUCAUCCGAUCCUUGCGACUUGGGGCAAAUCGAUCUCUGAGAGUUGCGACGCUUGGGUUAAAAUGGGAAGAAAGAAGAAGAACAAGAGGAUUCUUCCGUCGACAGGAACCCGUGGAUAUGCAGUGGCCGAUUUCAAUGCCACUUGAUUGUGCGGCUAUUUGGUGGAUCCUAGGACGGGGGUCCUGUUCUGCACCGAUAGUGAAGGGAUCUUAGGUACUACAUAUUACCAGCAUGGUGCAAUGCUUGAGGAGGAAGAGAAAAGGGUAUGGGUCCUUCGUGCGCUCUGAAAUCUUAGAAGUUCUACCUAUUGGCCACAAGUCUUCGCCCUCAUUUAUUGCCGAGUCUCACUUGUCAUUGGAAGAACAUUCACGAUUAAGGAAGAAAUGCAAGGAACACCCACCAGCAGAAGUCUGUAGUGCUCGUGCCACAACAUCCUCACGUUUCAUUACUGCCCUGAUUUGCAGGACGUCUGCAAAUUGUGCUUCUUAUCCACCUGGGAGGGGGCUCAAAAGGAAGUUAGGAUGCAUUGAUUCUGCCACACAGAUGGGAAGGAAGAAGAAACUUGAGCAAGACUACAUAUUGGGCCCUGAAAUUGGGCAAGGGAAGUUUGGAUUAGUCAGAUUGUGUUGGAGUAAGGCAACUGGCGAAGAGUUUGCAUGCAAGACUCUGAUGAAAAAUGGAGAGGAAACUGUUCAUAGAGAAGUUGAAAUAAUGCAGCAUCUGUCUGGCCACCCCAGUGUUGUAACACUAAAGGCAGUUUAUGAGGAUGUGGAGUCUUUCCAUCUCGUGAUGGAGUUGUGCCCUGGUGGUCGCUUGCUUGAUUCAAUGGCAAAACAUAGCUGCUAUUCAGAAAGGCAAGCUGCUUUUCUGCUUAAGGAGCUUGUUUUGGUUAUCAAGUAUUGUCAUGAGAUGGGUGUUGUUCACCGUGAUAUAAAGCCUGAGAACAUCCUGCUGACCAUGUCAGGGAAGUUAAAACUGGCUGAUUUCGGUUUAGCUGUGAGAGUUUCUAAUGGUCAGGUCUUGUCUGGCGUUGCUGGGAGUCCUGCCUAUGUUGCCCCUGAAGUUCUAUUGGGGGAUUAUUCAGAAAAAGUGGAUAUUUGGGGUGCAGGUGUGCUCCUUCAUGCACUUUUGGUUGGUUUCCUUCCCUUCCAGGGAAGCUCAUUGGAAGCUAUUUUUGAAGCUAUUAAAACCGUGAAGUUAGAGUUUGUACAUGGGGUUUGGGAGUCUGUUUCUGCACCAGCAUGUGAUUUACUCAGCCGAAUGCUGGCAAGAGAUGUGAACACAAGAAUCACUGCAGAUGAAGUAUUAUGUCACCCAUGGAUACAGUUCUACACAGAGGAUUCCCUAAAGCCACUGUCAUUCAAGUCGAAGAUCAGAGACCAGGGCAAAACACUUGUUGGCGCCGUCUCUCUAUCAAAGCCAUCUUCAUCUGACUUUAAGAUCAGAAACCGGGGCCAAUGUUGCCAACAUCUUGAAACCUCCGAUCUGGUUGAGCGCAAGAAAUGUUGUGACUUGUGUGGAUCAAGUGCAGAGGCCAUCGAUGCAUUGAGCGAAGUCCAUCUCUCUGAAACUCACAAUCUUAAGCUGGAAGAGCAAGAUUGUGGAUUGGUUGAUGCACUUGCUGCUGCCAUCUCGCAUGUCAGGAUAUCUGAACCCAAACGAAGCAGAGUUUGUGGUCCAUUUCCAAUUCAACGCGAGUGCUCCUCUAACAUGAAGUCUAACCUUUGUACAGCAUUUUGAAGGUUGACUUGGCAAUCUGCCAGUGAUAUAUGUGAAACCAGUUUCUUUUAGCAGCCUAAUACAACUCAGACCGAGCUCGUGGAUGAUUUCAAUACUUACCACUCAGAAGAAAUUGCCUGGUUAUGUUCUCUCUAACCUUUGGCGGUCUUCGUACCCCUAACCGAAGCUUGUGUAUGCGGUGUAAAUUGUUUGUAAAUUUUCGCGUGUUAAGACGGGCGUGGACAUGGUUUUUUUGUGAAAUGAAUAAAUAAAAGCUUAGUUAUGCA